AUGCAAUCAAUAGCCGGCAACCUUCUCUCUUGGUUUGGUAUAUUGUUACGUAAUUUGGGAAAGCAUGGAUUUCUGCUCUGUCGAAGUGGGGCAGAACGCUUAUCCCAUGUUUAUCGGGGUCGCAUGACGCGUCUAUACGAACAAGGCCGUCUGCUGCUCAACCAGGGGAUUCAGAACCAGCAGAUUUCAACAGAGGGUGCAGCGCGUCUAGUCUCGGCUCUGGCUGAUCAGGAGACGGCGCUGCGCCUGGCACAACUCUGCGCUGAGCAGUUCCGUCAUAGUCAAGCCUGGGUUCAGCUGACCGCUGAUCUCUUGCAGGAUGUUGAACAACAGACGCCUGUUUGGCUGACCACCAUCGCCCGGCUUAGCCAGGCCAAGCUGCAAACUCCUGGCGGAGAUAGUGACUGCAUCGAUAGUCUGGCUGCUAGCGAAGCGCUCUGUAAUUAUAAUAACUGUAUCUAUUUCAUAUGAAUAGAUCAGCAUGAGGAUGUGCUUGGCUCUAAAACUAAGCUGGAUACAGCAGAAUAG